AUGACAUCGUACAAACACCUUAUCGACUCCAGUUCGCCUCCAACGCCCGGGGACAGCAGCCUCGAGCUGUCUGCCAUCAACACACACCUAAGCCCAGAGCAUGGCUCGCGAGCGUUUUUUCCUCGCUCGGUUGAAGGAACAAAUCCAGUAUCGAGACAGAAUGCGGUGACACUCAGCAAAGCACCAGGCUAUUUGGUUUUAAGCUCGAUAUGGGACUGUUGUUUGGCCAUUCUUCCUGUAACUUUCAUCGUCAUUGCCAUCUUAGCGGCUUCGCUGGAAGGGGACCUGAGGAGCAAACGUGGCGAUCAAAUCAAGGAGGCCACGACAUUGAUUCCCACAAUUUUCCCGAUUACUUUCGCAGCCCUUGUCGGCUAUUUCUUCCGAAUAUAUGGCACUUUUAGGGCCGAGAGAGGAAUCAGGCUAGGGACGCUGGAACAACUUGUUGGGAGCUACUCCUUCUUUUCUGCCUUUGAGAGGCAGAUGUUACUGAGGGAUUUUGGUUUUGUUGGGUUGGUGAUUAUGGCUGUCUGGGCGCUUUCUCCCAUUGGGGGCCAGGCCGGAUUGCGCCUCCUGAGCACUUCGUUACAGCACGCCCCCUAUAACGCCACUAACUGGUAUCUCUCUCCUCUCUCGUUUCGCGAUACCUCGUUGCAGGGCACUAGUGCUAUGCAAACUUCCGGAGAUCUAAUUACUUCCGUCUACGUAUCGUCGCUGAUGGGCUCUGAAACCACUGCUGGAACAGGCAUGGAUCUUUGGGGCAGUGUCAAAAUCCCAAAUAUAAAUUCGCUAAAGCCAGGCGCGAACAACAGCGAUUGGCGCACGGUAGACUGGAAUUCUACUGUAGAAUUCACGUCCCUCCUAGGUCUGCCCGUCGGCAGGCCCAUGUCGGAGGGUAAUAUGACCUUCACCGUAACAUCACAUCACUUCGACGUCCAGUGCCUCAACAACAUCCUCGCAGAAAGGAAAGAUCUCUCCGCCCUGUCAUAUAAUAUGGUCAACGAGAGCAGCGGGCCCGGACACUCAAUGCUCGUUCAUCUGGCCGAUGAACUUCCAGCAAUGACCGACGAAGUUGGCGGUGACAUAUCCUUACGCGCCAAAUUCAUGUUCGGAUCCAGAACCACACUACGCGAUAAUACGACAUGGGGACUGGCGAACUGCACGCUCGGCAACCUGGCCGUCGACUCCCGUGUCGAAUGUAAAUCCGAGUCGUGCCGCGUGGUGGCCAUGCGCCCGUCGCAGCGAGUCGAGAAUCUCAUAAGCCUCACCAACUUCGUAAACUUCACCCUAAAUUUCCUCCCCACGGCAACCGACCGCGAUAAAUCGACAAACUACCUCUAUUCUGCCACACUCACCGAGCGCUGGAUGAACGACACCGCCCUCCUCUUCCGCGGCGGCCGAAUCGACAUGGACCUGUGGAAGCUGGAUCCAAAAGUUCUCUCUGCCCGCCUGGAAACAGCGUUGAACACCUUCUGGGAAGCCGGCUUCGCGACCAAAUACCGCGGGACAUCUCUGCCAAAGGACCCAGCCGAGUACGAAGCAAUGGGAGACUGUUCCUCCGUGGUGUCUCCAUUGUAUUGCUUUGUGCCCGUUCCAGCCAGUGGCGUCAGGCACAUUGGCGAGGUGUACAAGUGCGACCGCGCAUGGUUCGCCGUGUUUCUUAUAAUCUGUCUCGUGCUGCAGAUUCUAGCGCUGGCCAGCGUGGUUCUGAAACGAAUGACCCUCGCACCGGACAUCCUGGGCUUUGUUUCGUCGUACACGCGGGAUAAUCCGCAUGCGCCGGUGUCUGCGGGCUCGUCCCAGGAUGGGCUGGUGCGGACGCGCAUGCUGAAGGAUUUACGGGUCAUGCUGGGUGAUGUGCGGUCUGCCGAACAUGUGGGGCAUAUUUCCUUUGUGGCUCAGGGGGAUGCGCCGAUUGGGAGGCUGAAGAAGGGGAGAAAAUAUUUAUGA